AAACUGCCAUUGCGCCCCAGCAUCGUACCUCGUCAAUUCUACCUUAGCAAACCACCCGUGAUCCCGCCAUCCCACCACACCCCCUUCGCACUUCCGAAAAAAAAAGGCAAUCGCAUCACAAUGGGUUCCGUCCUCCAAAAGAAGAAGCGCCGCUCCGGCCGCGCCAAAGUCAAGACACACAGGCCCAAGAAGCUCCUCAACCCUCUCGGCAACGACAUUAUCGCAAAGAACUGGAACAAGAAGGAAACCCUCACCCAAAACUACCGCCGCCUAGGUCUCACAGCCCGCCUCAAAUCAGCAACAGGCGGCACAGAAAAGACCCUCGCCCAACUCGAGCAAGCCGCCUCCGCCCCUUCCUCCGCCAAGCGCGACACGUUCGCAAUCUCCACAACCGAAGAAGCCGUCUUUGAAGAAGCCCGCGUCGAGCGCGACGCCGACGGCAAAAUCAUCAAGAUCCACUACAACAGCGCCAAGCGCAGCAACCCGCUCAACGACCCCCUCAACGCCCUCGAAGAAUCCGACGACGACGACGACAACGACAACAACGAAGGAGAAGAAUGGGGCGGCAUCGACGACGAGAGCAGACCCGAGGUCAUCCGCCUCCUCGAAAAGGAGGCCGCGAUGCCCGAGAUCAAGAAGCCGAGACAUAUCAGCAGCCAGGAGAAGGAGUGGCUCGAGAGGUUGAUCGCCAAGCACGGGGACGAUUACGAGGCCAUGGUGCGGGAUCGCAAGUUGAAUCCUAUGCAGCAGACGAGGGGUGACAUUGCGCGCCGGGUGAAGAGGUUUACGGGCAAGGCUUGAAAUCUUGUCCGAGUGGGGGUUGGGAGAGAAGAGAAAGCCGAGAAGCAGUGGGACAUGAAGACGGGAAAGAAGGAAAGACAGAGCAUUUUGGGGCAAGAGAAAGAAAAGUUCUAAAAAGGGGGUCACUCAUGUUGCAUGUUGGUCGGUGGUAAGAAGCCUGGCCAUAGAGGAAAUACUGUCGCGUUUUCCCCUCGAGGAGUUUACGGCGUUUUCAGAUGAAAACUUUGGGCAUAAAAACAAAAUAUUCCACAUGUUCACUGCAAAAGCAAGUUGCGCG